AUGUACGUACCUCUCUGCCAUCAACGGCCAUCUUUGAGCCGCCAGCUACAUCUUCAACAGCGUCUUGUAGUAACAAACCAGCAACCAGCGCAUUGUCCCAAGCUCCCAGAACGCGCCUCGAAGAUACAGACACUCAGAAUGGGGCGCGAGGAACAAGUUGAGGAGCGCGAGGUGCUCGAAUCCAUCUUUCCAGAUGAGAUCACCGAUAUCUCAGAGACAGAGUUCAGAAUACAAAUCGCCCUAGACAUCCCCGGCGAAGAGGAGGACCCGCCAACAAUGUUCCUUCAGGUCCGAUACCCAGACGCAUACCCCGACGAGCCACCCACCCUCGACCUGCAAUCCGUGCGUGAUGCCGCGCCCUACGAGUGGUUCAGCGUGGCGGAGGACAAGGAGCGGCUCCUCCAAGGUCUCGAGGAGACGAUUCAGGAGAACCUAGGCAUGGCUAUGGUCUUCUCCCUCGUAUCGGCUCUGAAGGAGGCAGCAGAGAUGCUCGUCGAGGAGCGCAAGCAGGAGAAGGAGAAGGAGAAGGAAGAGCGGGCCGCUGCCGCCGAGCGCGAGGAGAACAAGAAGUUCCACGGAACACCCGUGACACCCGAGACGUUCCUCAAGUGGCGCGAUGAUUUCAUCAAGGAGAUGAAGGAGUUGAAGGAGAAGGAAGAGGAGGAGCGCCUCGCCGAGUUGAAGAAGGCCAAGGUCAAGGAACCGGUCAAGCUGACGGGCAGACAACUAUGGGAGCGUGGCCUCGCUAGUAAGGCUGACUUUGAUGACGAGGAAGAAGGGGGGCUGGCGGAGGGUGUCGAGAAGCUCAAGGUUGAGGCGGUAUAG